UAUGUUCCCUUGUAGAAUUCCGGAAUUGAGAAAGCAUUUCUCUUUGAUGUAGUAAGUAAAAUUUAUAUUGCUACUGAUAGUACCCCUGUGGACAUGCAAACUUACGAGCUCAGCUGUGAUAUGAUAGAUGUUGUCAUUGACAUCUCCUCCAUCUAUGGGCUCAAAAAAGAUGGUGCCGGAACACCUUAUGAUAAAGAAUCGACAGCAAUUAUAAAAUUGAACAAUGCCACAGUCCUUUACCUAAAAGAAGUGACAAAGUUCCUUGCACUAGUCUGCUUUGUCAGAGAAGAAAGCUUUGAGAGAAAAGGACUAAUAGACUACAAUUUCCACUGCUUCCGCAAGGCCAUACAUGAAGUGUUUGAAGUGAGAAUGAAAGCAGUCAAAACUCAAAAGAAUCAGAACCAAGUACAGAAGAAUAAAAGGGUCACACAUAAUGGCACACCUAGAAUGCCACUGUAAUUGAACUCUUAAUGCCCACUGGUAGCCCCUAAGGCCUAUUAUUUGCUGCAAUGUAAUGUAAAAGAUUUGAGAACCAGCAGACAAAUGGGACUGGUGUACUCUUCAAUUGGAAUUUUCCACACUCGUCACUCCUCAAAACACUGUAAAUCAUAUUCUGUGUUCAUGUUAAGGACAGACCUAUUUUGCACUUUUGUCUGAUUUCAUGAUGAAAAUGGACUUUUGAUAAACAAAAUGUUACUUUUUAUGUAUAGUCUUGAGUAGAAUAUAUGUCAUAGUAUGCCUAAAUGCUGCACACAAAUGAACAAUCAAGAAAACGUGGUAAGAUGACUUUAACGUCUGUGAAUAUCUAUUUUCCACCUUGUAAGCUGGAAAUUAAAAUAGCAAUAAAAAUAUUUGUUAGGUGUCCUUACUGGUACACUAAAAAAUUUGUUUAAAAAAUUCUUUGAAAUUGAGUAUCUCCCCAAUCAUUCCAUAAA